GGCGGGCCUGGCCCAGGCUGUAGAUUAGUCAGGGGUUGGCGACAAGGCUGCAGAAUCUAAACUCCCAAAUUAAACAAAACCUUAUUCUUCAAACCUCAAAACAGCUACCAUAUAGUAAACAUUGCAGCCGUUGUCCGCAAUUCAAUACAAUACCAGCAGCAAAAACGCAAUAAAGACAUCAGACCGGAAAGUCUUGCUUAAAAACAGACGGUCACAUAGUCAUUGAUCAAAGCAUUUUCAACAAUGUCUGAAAACAUCCCCGAAUCCAUUCCCACAUCCGCCGACCCUCGUUCCAAGCGUCCUCUGAAACGCCGUGCGAUAUCUCCUCGCUCGGAAACUGCCUCUCAUAUCGACAAGCUGAUGUCCACCGGCUUGCCCGAGGACGGAAAAUUCACAGACAAAAAUGCUUCAGGCACGAGGAUAACAGGAGCUGUUCCUGAAAUUGUGCAGAAUGUGCAAGGAAGUUCCGCAGGAGCUGGGUCGGGGGAGUUUCACGUAUACAAAGCGAGUCGUAGAAGGGAAUAUGAGAGAUUGAAAGGGAUGGACGAGGAGGUUAGAAAGGAAGAGGAAGCGGAGCAAUGGGAAAGGGAGAAAAAGGAGAGGGAAGAGAAAGAUGCCGAAAAGACUAGAAAGGCUAGGGAGAAGAGGGAAAAGAAGAGACAGAAGAAAAGUGGUAAGGGCGACCAUUCUAGCGUUGUUGCCGGUGCGCAAGCAGGAAAAUUCAUGCCUAGGAUUGAUGCAAAUGUUAGAGGAGAUGAUGUCAAUGAGGUAUCUGGGUCAAAUACUGUUGGAGAGGCACAGGAACAAGUCGGCGUUAUCAUCCACGAUGAUGAUUGAUGACUGAUGGAUAAUUCGAGUUCGGAAAAGCUCAACUUCACCAGUGAUUUCAGAUUCCUGCACAGUCAGAAUUUUCAUAGGUA